GGCGAACGUCAUUGGUUCUUACCUGUGGAUCUAACCAAUUAAGCAUCAAAUCAUCUAAUCAUCGAAGAAAAUAUGUUGCAACCUUUUAGCUCAUGACUGUACACUUCAUACAUUGUACACAAAACACGUGUUUUCAAUUGAUUUAAUGGUAAUUACCCAGAAUGCCCCUACCACCUCCGAUUUUGAAGAAAUUAGGUUCAUUCAACGCAUUUUUGCACGAAACGAACGAAUAUGGCAGAAAAAAGUGUCACUCUGCCCCGCGAACCAAGAUAUCAAGCAUUAAAAUUGACGACUAUUGAGCUUCGCAGUGGUCUACGAUAUCGGCGCGGCUUAUCAUUGAAUGAUAGUAAACACAAACAGGGUUAAAGCUACCGUACUUAAAUAUCAUAAGAAAAUGGUUAUCUUGAAGUUUUACAAGGCGCCGGGUCUAAAGACAGGCCAGCUGAAGAAUAAACUACACAAGGUGUCGCAAAUCGAAGCCUCGGUAACCGAUCUUGAGACUGAAUUGUGUUAUUACGUGGAAACACUCGAAUCACUCCAGGAAGAUGAGAUUCGAGUAUUAAAAUGGAUCUUGUCACCUAUCUUUGAAGGAGGAUUGCGAUGCGAUAGUGUGUUUAAUGAGACUCAAAGUGCUACUAUUAUUGAAAUUGGGCCUAGAUUGAAUUUUUCCACUGCAUUUUCUACUAAUGUAGUUUCCAUAUGUAAAACUGUGAAAUUAAAUAAAGUAACAAGAAUAGAAGUGGCUAUUAGAUACAGGAUUAAACAUAAAGGAAGCCUUAACAAAGAAGUAGAGAACGCCAUUGUAGAAGUGUUAGGAGAUAGAAUGACAGAAUGUAGAUACAUAAAACCUAUUGAAACAUUUGAUCAUGGCUUUAGGCCAGAGAAAUGGUUUGAAGUUGAUGUAAUUAAAAAAGGCAGGAAAGCUUUGGAAGAAGUUAAUCAGAAAUUGGGUUUGGCAUUUGAUGAUUGGGAUUUAGAUUUUUAUACAGAAUUAUUUUUGCGAAAAUUAAAACGUAAUCCAACUAGUGUAGAAUGUUUCGAUCUUGCUCAAUCUAACAGUGAACAUAGUCGGCACUGGUUCUUCAAAGGACGUAUUAUUUUGGACGGCAAAGAAAAAGAAGAAUCUCUAAUUGACAUGAUUAUUGAUACUCAAAAUUAUUCUAAUCCAAACAACGUGAUUAAAUUCAGCGACAAUAGUAGCGCGAUAGAAGGAUUUCAAAUUUUGGUUUUACGUCCUACAAAAACUUAUAAGUGCAGCAACUUUCAUCUCGAAGACAUCAAACAGCAUCUCAUUUUUACCGCUGAGACGCAUAAUUUUCCAACUGGCGUGGCACCUUUCAGUGGCGCCACAACGGGUACUGGAGGUCGACUAAGAGACAUCCAAGGAAUUGGUAGAGCUGGAUAUUACAUAGCAGGCACCGCGGGUUACAGUGUCGGUAAUCUGUGUAUUCCAGGCUAUGAUUUGCCGUGGGAAGAGAAGGAUAAAGUUUAUCCCAAUAAUAUGGCAUCGCCGUUGGAAAUAAUUAUUGAGGCAAGCAAUGGUGCUUCUGAUUAUGGAAACAAAUUUGGAGAACCUGUAAUAUCCGGCUUCGCUCGUUCUUAUGGAGCGACAGACGAUGAAGGAGUUAGACGAGAAUGGAUCAAACCUAUAAUGUUUAGUGGAGGAUUAGGAACCAUGGAUGCGAAUAUGGCUAAGAAAAUUCCAGCGGAGCGAGGUAUGGAGGUAGUCAAAAUUGGUGGACCGGUUUAUCGAAUUGGUGUAGGCGGCGGAUCAGCAAGUUCUAUGGAAGUGCAAGGUGAUAACAGCAUGGAAUUGGAUUUUGGUGCUGUGCAACGUGGCGAUCCUGAGAUGGAGCAAAAGUUGAAUCGCGUUGUGCGAGCGUGCGCAGAAAUGGGUGAUAGCAAUCCGAUCCUUAGCAUUCAUGAUCAAGGUGCUGGAGGGAAUGGCAAUGUCUUAAAAGAAUUAGUGGAACCUGCAGGUGCCGUAAUUUUUACGAAAAACUUCGACCUUGGCGAUCCUAGUAUCAGCACAUUGGAACUCUGGGGUGCAGAGUACCAGGAGAGCGACGCUAUUUUAUGCAAGUCGGAGGACAGCGAUUUGCUGAAGAAAAUUGCUGCUCGUGAAAAAUGUCCAAUCAAUUUUGUCGGCACUGUUACAGGAAAUGGGAAAAUCGUUGUUUCUGAAGAAGAGGAUUAUGAUAUUUCAAAAUAUCUUAAUGACGAAGAUAAGAAUCUAGACAGCAGUAAGCAUCCUGUGAAUCUAGAGCUGGAGGUAAUUCUUGGAAAAAUGCCUCGCAAGGUUUUCAAUUUGCAUAACAUACCAUUGCAGAGAUCUCCAAUAAAAUUGCCUGAUGAAUUAACUGUAUUUAACGUAUUGGACAGAGUUUUACGGCUUCCUUCGGUAGCUAGCAAGCGGUAUUUAACGAACAAGGUAGAUCGUUGCGUAACUGGUUUAGUGGCUCAGCAGCAAUGCGUUGGUCCAUUGCAUACUCCCCUGGCAGAUGUUGCUGUGACAGCCAUUUCGCAUUUUUCCACAAAGGGCAUCGCAACUUCCAUUGGCGAACAGCCGAUUAAAGGAUUAGUGAACGAAGCGGCAGGCGCUCGAAUGACAGUAGCCGAGGCUCUCAGCAACCUGGUGUUUGCGCGUAUUUCUGCAUUGCGAGACGUCAAAUGUAGCGGCAAUUGGAUGUGGCCAGCGAAGCUUCCAGGCGAAGGCGCGGCACUUUACAAGGCGUGCUCGGCAAUGUGUUCACUGAUGAAAGAACUUGGGAUCGCAAUCGACGGCGGUAAGGACUCGCUCAGUAUGGCUGCACGUAUCAACAAGGAUAUUGUCAAAGCGCCGGGUACUCUUGUCGUAUCUUGCUACGCACCAUGUCCUGACGUUCGUCAGAUAGUCACUCCAGAUCUCAAAGCUCCCGCCAUGGGACAACAGGGUUGUCUACUCUUUGUUGAUUUGUCUUGCGGAAAGAAUCGGCUCGGUGGAACUGCCCUGUCUCAAGUCUAUUGUCAAUUGGGCAACGAUGCGCCAGAUGUCGAAGAUGUGCAAAUUCUCAAAAAUGCCUUUAAUGCUACGCAGCAACUAAUCGCCGAUGAGAAAGUCCUUGCAGGUCACGAUAUCAGCGAUGGUGGACUAAUUACGUGCCUUCUAGAAAUGUGUUUCGCUGGAAUCUCAGGGAUAAAUGUUAAUAUAACUCAUAAAUCUGCACCUGCCAUUGAUAUUUUAUUUUCCGAAGAAGUCGGCUGGAUAUUAGAGAUCAGCGAGGGAUAUCAAGACGAAGCGAUACAAAUGUUUCAAAGCUAUGGAGUACCAGUAUAUCUGAUCGGAAGGUCUGUGGGUCUUGGCAUGACCUCGAAGGUGAUCAUUAAAGUUCAAAAUGAGAUUGUACUGAACACUACAGUAAUCGAUUCGAUGAACAUUUGGGAAGAAACUAGUUAUCAGCUAGAACACCAUCAAACAAAUGUUACUUGUGCCUUGGAAGAGUUUUUCAGACUAAGAGAACGAACUGUUCCAGCCUAUCGUCUGAGUUUCGAUCCUACUAGAUCUCGACCUAUACCAAAAGAUCCAUCAGCGCAUGUCAAAGUAGCUGUCAUACGAGAGGAAGGUAUUAAUGGCGAUAGAGAAAUGGCGGCUUCUCUAUUGGAAGCCGGUUUCGAUGUUUGGGAUGUUACGAUGCAAGAUUUACUGGAAAAUCAAAUCAAAUUGGAAAUCUUUAGGGGUGUUAUUUUCCCCGGUGGUUUUAGCUAUGCCGAUGUUUGUGGUUCCGCCAAAGGAUGGGCUGCCAGUUUCCUUUAUCAUCCUUCUCUACGUGAGCAAUUACAGCAAUUUGUGGCUCGUGAAGAUACUUUUAGUUUGGGUGUUUGCAAUGGUUGUCAAUUGAUGAGUUUAUUAGGCUGGGUAGGCGACGAGGACACUAAAGACGAGGAUGGACCAGGGAUUUGUUUGGAUCACAAUCUCUCGGAGAGAUUCGAGUGCAGAUGGACCACCGUUAAAAUCGAAAAUUCACCAUCGAUCAUGUUAAAGGGCAUGCAGAAUAGCGUGCUAGGUGUAUGGGUGGCUCAUGGAGAAGGGAGAUUUACUUUUCGCGAGGAAGUUCUAAAAACUCUCGAGCGAAAUAAAUGCUUACCAAUCAGGUACACGGAUGAUCAUGCCAAUCCAACUGAACGCUAUCCUAUGAAUCCGAAUGGUAGUGUAAAUGGUAUUGCUGGCAUAUGUUCGAAAAAUGGACGACACCUGGCGAUGAUGCCGCAUCCGGAAAGAUGCACGCGAAUAUGGCAAUGGCCUUGGAAACCAGUAGGAUGGAACUAUGAAGCCUCGCCAUGGCAGCGACUUUUCGACAAUGCAUAUACCUGGUGUCAAGAAUGCAAUUAGAUUGUCUGAUAAAUCUCAAAUUUAAUAAUAUAUUUAAUCGAAAAACUUUAA